AGGGGGGAGGGUUAAGGCACAUGGAAUAAACAGCAGACAUUGAAGAUUGGACCAACGCUCAUUGAAAUGAAAUUCAUAAGAGACCGUAAACGACGCACCACGGGUGACAGCGAGGAAAGAAAUAGCGAGAGAAGUGGGGAUCCUGUAGAGAGAGGGAGGGAGGAAGAGAGAGAGCGAGAGCGAGAGACGAUAAGUCGACAAGUACUUCUAUGCUUGCAUCGAAUGCCGCGGGUCAACGCGUGUGGGGGGGAGUGGGAAUGACUUGAGAUUCGGGGAAACUCAAAUCAAAAUAAAAGAAGAAAAACCAAUCAAGACACGCAAGAAAAACAAAUAUAAUCGAAGAAAAGAUUAAAGAAAGUAAGUCAAGAUCGAAAGAGAAAGAGAGAAAAAAUAAAUGAAUAAAAAAAGACGGAAGAGAAAGGGUGAAUAUGACAGAGGGGGGAAUCAAGAGAUGUGGAGGGAGAUCCUGACGGGGCCGGAGAUCGAAUGGAUUCCUGGAACAAACAGGUUCAAUGAUACAUAUUGUCAUCAAUCGUCAAAAAGGAUAGGGAGUCAAGCAUCGACGAAAAGGGCUCAAAGGGGAAAAGUCCACAGAAGCGUGAGAAGAGGGAACCGAUGCAGUCGGCACGUAACACUCUAUCUCUCCCAGGAGCUUUUUCUAGCCAAACGGACUUUAAAUUCGGAACUGCGCAGGGCAGACGCCGCAGGCAUGCGUCUGGGUAGGUGGUCAGAGGAAAGCUGCAGGGACUCUGGUCACCUCGGCUCUGGUCCAGUUCUUCUUUUUAAUAUUUUAUUUCUCCUUUUUCGGGGGAGGUUCGAUCUUUCCGUUCUUUCCCCAAGCUGUCUGUUUCUGCGGUCUCCCAGCUGCGCGCCAGUUGAAAUUCCUUGGGAAAGGUACAAGGAGCACGAGAGAUUAACCCUAAGAAAGAGCCAAGGGACAGGGGGGAAGGACUAAAAAAAAUAACAACAAUAAUACUAAAUGAAUAUGAAAUAAGAAAGAAU